UCGUUGAGCUAUCAUUUGUGAUAGCCAGUGGGCCAUACCUGGUAACAUUGAAAAUAUUUUUUAAAGCAGCGUUAUGACGCCAGUUUGGGUUUUUGCCGUCAACGUGCAAGCAAGAAAGUUUUUGUACAGUACACGGUACAAUGGACAGGUAGCACCAGCAAAGUCUCAGAUCAAAUAAAAUAAAUCCAUUAGCGGCAUUGCAUUGUUUAAUCUUCAUUUGAAGCUUUCGUGACUGCAGGAAUCCAUACUCUUUGGUUCUUUCGGUAAAGUCACGUAGGUACAAAAUACAAUAAAUCACAAUACGUGAGUUUACCGAAAGAACCAAAGAGUAUGCAUUGUUUAAUUUAAGAGCCGAACUACGACCCUUAGUGCAAGCAGGUAGGCACGUCUAUGGGCCAGAUUAGAUAUUCAUACCAUAUUAGGGGGCAAAUACCUUUGUAUUAUCGAUUUAUUUACAUGGCUAAUGAGAGUUAAUUAUUUUAUAACCCACUAAUUUAAUAUGGUUAUCACGUAAUUCAAUAGUUAUUGGCCGCAUGAAGAAAUUAUAACGUCUAAAUGUAUGCAACCUCAGGUGGUACGGACAGGUGAAUUCAGAAUCUUUAUACUGGAGGAAUCCCAUGACCCAUGAAGCUAUUUUACAGCAAGUUCCAACAACAAACAACGUUGAGCCACCGUUAGCAUGUGGUCCUAAUUGUUGGGCCAAGUGUUUUUUUUUACCUGUAGCCUUGCACCCCUUUGGUUAUCAAUCGAAAAAAAAAACUAAUUGUAAUAAUUAUAUCGUUUUAAUUAAACAAAGGAGUUGUACUCACGUGCCCGUGAUUCAUUUGUGCAUCGAUGAUUUACCUUAAAAAAAAAUCUGCCCAUGCCUCGCAACCUCCAACAAAGGGGCAUCUCGCACCCCCAGGGGAUGAGUGCACCCCAGUUCAAGGACCACUGGUUGGGCCCAACCUUAACCCCAACGUUGUUCCAAGUUCAAUGGGGAACUGAGCCAACAAUUAUGAGAGCCACCCACACACGACUCAAUGGCGGGGUGGGUCGGGGGGGUGUGACGGAGGUGGUGUUCGUAAUGUGGCCACAGACCACGACAUACCCAAACCCGCCCACGCGUGCCUGGGUUCACGUUACACCCUCGCUCCCAAUCGCCCCCGUAGACUCAGUUGGGCGAGAGAGCACGCUACGCGAUGUGUUUCCGCGCUCUCUCCCUCUCGAGUCUAGACCGUCAAAAGUGGUUAUCUGUGACUGCGUGUAACGGGAACUGAGCGGGUGGUCACGGGAAGCGAAAAAUAAAAAAAGGACGAACUUUGAACCAGAGGCGUGCGAACCAGCAGAGAGGACUCCGGUCAACAAAGAGCGAGGGCCUCGCUGUCGCAGGUGCCAGUGCGAGUAGGGUGAGGAGGUGGUUUCGGCGAUGGCACCGUUACCGUCUGCCAAGGACACAUGGAAGAAUUCAGCUUCAAGUGGGACCAUGACUCCAUCGAGGUCCCCAAGGAGUACCCCCAGCAAGGGGGCUGCCCCCGUGGUCCCAUCGCAACGCCGUGCAUCCAAGGUAGCAGAUGCAGCUAGCAUUGGUGGAGAUGAUGGCCCUCUUGGAGCAGAUGGCUCCCAAAAGGUGGCAGAGAAGAGAGGAACUCAUCUGGCAUCUCCCCGAUAUGAGAAAAGCAAUGACAAAGAAGACGAGAACAACACUCACGCAUCUGGAGACACUUGUAAGCCACGUAGAGGAACAACAACGGGCAUAACAAAGAGUGUUUCACUCGAUGACACUCACGGAUCUGAAGACACUGUUAAGAAGCCGAGAGCGCCACGAAGAGCCAUCAGCACCAGUGCAUCGAUGGGUGAAAAAAGAGUUGUUCCUACAAAAAAUGCCGCAUUAAUUAACACGCCCCGAGUAGUCUUGGUGAAGAAGUCAGUAUCGAUAGGCAGCACGAAGCCCGUGGCAUCUGCACGGGGAAAUCGGAGUGGCUCCUCCAAGGUCUGUGCACCGGGUGUAAGUGGUGAUUGUGUUGAAGCAUCAUCACCGGUCAGACCAAUCAGACAAGCAGCAGCCAGGGCGAGGAGACCAGACGUGAAGGUUGAAGGUGUUGGUGUCCAAACGGAGACGUCUACCACGAACGUUCGUCCAAACUCUCUGCGUGGCUCCCGCAGCAAGAGGAGCCCAAGCUGUAGAGAUACAGUCGAUAAUGAAGGAGAUGAAGAAAGUGAUGAUGAUCAUGAUCGUGAUGAUGGCAGUGGAGCCUUACCCCAAAGAAAAUCAAUUGGACGGGUGUCACGGAAAUGUCCACCGUCUGGGAAGACGGUCAGACCGAUCAGACAAGCAGCAGCCAGGGCGAGGAGUGGCUCCUCCAAGGUCUGUGUACCGGGUGUAAGUGGUGAUUGUGUUGGAGCAUCAUCACCAGUCAGACCAAUCAGACAAGCAGCAGCCAGGGCGAGGAGACCAGACGUGAAGGUUGAAGGUGUUGGUGUCCAAACGGAGACGUCUACCACAAACGUUCGUCCAAACUCUCUGCGUGGCUCCCGCAGCAAGAGGAGCCCAAGCUGUAGAGAUACAGUCGAUAAUGAAGAAGAUGAAGAAAGUGAUGAUGAUCAUGAUCGUGAUGAUGGCAGUGGAGCCUUACCCCAAAGAAAAUCAAUUGGACGGGUGUCACGGAAAUGUCCACUGUCUGGGAAGACGGUCAGACCGAUCAGACAAGCAGCAGCCAGGGCGAGGAGUGGCUCCUCCAAGGUCUGUGUACCGGGUGUAAGUGGUGAUUGUGUUGGAGCAUCAUCACAGGUCAGACCAAUCAGACAAGCAGCAGCCAGGGCGAGGAGACCAGACGUGAAGGUUGAAGGUGUUGGUGUCCAAACGGAGACGUCUACCACGAACAUUCGUCCAAACUCUCUGCUUGGCUCGCGCAGCAAGAGGAGCCCAAGCUGUAGAGAUACAGUCGAUAAUGAUGGAGAUGAAGAAUGUGAUGAUGAUGAUGAUGGCAGUGUCGCCUUACCCCAAAGAAAAUCAAUUGGACGGGUGUCACGGAAAUGUCCACCGUCUGGGAAGCCAAGUGAGAGAAGGGCCCGUCGAGGAGCGAUUUCGACAGGGCGGAGGGGCCAGAUCCCACGUGAUGGUGCUGCUUAUGCUGCAUGCAGGGGCAGAGUUAAUCCAUUCGUUCUGCAUGAACACGAUGAUGAAAGUGAUUCUACUGACGACGAUGACAUGGAUGAUUCUGAUGAUAAUACCACAGCAAAAAAGAGACCGACUCUGAAGGAUGUCUUAAGACUCCUGAUGAUCCAGAAAUCCAAGCAGAUAAUAGUGAGCAAGGUCAUAAAUGACAUUCUCAGGACCAUAAUGGAUGCGGUGAAAAAAGACGGUCAACUUCCAGUCGACAAACUCCUGAACACGGGCAGCUACUACGAGAAGCUGAAGAUCAGUGAGCCGGAUGAGUUUGAUGUGAUGCUGGUGCUGGUGGAGCGGGUGAAUCUGGAGGAAGUGCCAGGCCUGGGUGGAGCCUUCUAUCUCGUCACGCCCAAACGCAAUUCUGCACUCCAGAAAUUUGCUGUCGGGAACUUCAUCUCUCCAGCCAAAAUCAUCAAAGUGCUGGAAAACAUCAUCAAGAGACUUCUGCCUACGCUUGGGUACAAUGCGAGACUAAAGCCUGCGUCGAAAGGAUGCCCGGCUGUAACUAUUCAGCUGAAGCCUAUGGAGGCGGAAGACGAUGUGUGUGUGGACUUGGUUCCAGCCAUUAAGGUGCAGAAUUCAAGCUGGCCUCCAGAAGCGAAGACCAUCAAUACAAGUUCUUGGCUUGGCCGGAAACACAUGGCGAAGUUAUUCACGAGCAAAAGUUUUUAUUUAGUGGGAAAGAAGCCUCCCAGAAAUGCAAAAGGAGUAAUCGAGGACAGAGCCUGGAGAAUAUCCUUCUCAGAGGUGGAGAAAGAUAUUGUGCUGAAUCAUGGUAACAAGAACACGUGCUGUGAGAAAGGACAGGCGCAUUGCUGCAGGAAGGAAUGCCUCAAGCUGCUCAAGUGGCUGUUGGAGUCAUUCAAAAAGUGCACUCCCAGCAUGCAGGACAACCUGUGCUCUUACCACGCCAAGACGGUGUGGCUGCACGCUUGCGCGGGCUGGCCCAACGACAGCCAUUGGAAUUUGAAGAACCGCCUCCUGUGCUUCAUCAUUCUCCUCGAAGAUUUCGCGGAGGCUGCCAGGACGGGCAUCCUCUCUCACUUCUUCCUGCCCAGGUACAACCUGUUCGACCAGAAACUCGUAACGCGCUCAAGCCUGAAGGAUCUGGAAUGGGCCUUGUCGAGAGAUAUACAGAAGCUGAAAGAAGGGCGGAUUUCUGAUGUGUUCCUGCAGUAACAGAUUUCGCUGGUAUGUUGACGGGCAUCGCCAUUGUUGCGGUGGUGGUUUGUGAUGUUAGUGGAGUGUUGGUGUGGUUAGUCUGGUGUUACCAUGGUACUGUGACCAGUCACAAGCUAAUCACGCAGCUAUUUCAAUGCUAAAUUAUCCAAACCAAACAUUAAACUAAUUUUCAAUGGUACAGUAUAUUUUUUC